UUAUACCAUAGUACUUGUAUAAGUAAGUUAUUUUACUCUUUGCAUAGUACUCUGUGGUUUCUAGUCCAUGUUGGUGUUGUAUUCUCCAUGUAGGCAUGUAUUCUCAUUAAAAAGUAGUUAAAAUAUCCUGUUUUGUAACAUACACAUGUAAUUAAAGUAAUAGUUACAAAUCGGUAUAUAUUUAAUUUGUAAUUAAACAAAGGAUUUUAUAGCAUAAUUACAAUGAAUAUUUCAAUCGAAAAGAAAAGAUCAGAUUGUGCAGCGUUGCCCAAAGGUUGGCAAAGGGAAGAAGUCAUAAGAAAAACAGGACUUUCGGCAGGAAAAGUCGAUGUGUAUUAUUACAGCCCAACAGGUAAAAAGUUUCGCAGUAAACCCGAGCUUGUUCGUUAUCUCGGUGAUAGUGUGGACUUGUCGUGUUUCGACUUUCAACAAGGUCAAAUAAACACAAUGCUCCUGUGCAAGGUCAAGAAAGCUCGAGCGCAGUUUGACUACAGGGGUGUUCGAUCUGAUGCUUCACUCGUGCCACCUAUACGUCAGACAGCUUCAAUUUUCAAACAGCCCGUGACAGUUUACAAGACUCAGGAGAGUAAAGUUAAAACUGAUCUGAAACAUGGUACACAGGAAAAACCUAAACAACUAUUCUGGGAAAAGCGUUUAGAGGGGUUAACUGCUUGUGAUGCAAAUGGAGUAAUUGGAACAACUUCCUUACCCAAAUAUAUAAAGCCUCUGGGACCCUAUACAUCAGAUGCUACGACAAUACAAUCUCUAGCCACAGCUUUACAUGUUUCAUCACAACCCAUAACUGGUCAAUCUGGAUCAAAACAGACUAUUAUGGAGAAUCCGGGUGUUUUUUUAAACCCUGACCAACCUUUGAUAGCUGCGGUGACAAUAACGAAGGAAGACCUUCGACGUCAAGAGGAAAGAGUAAAGCGAGCUCGUCUUAGACUGCAAGAAGCUCUAGUGGCCGCAUAGGAAAACGCCGGCGACGGGACCUCCGCCGCCAACUCGGAAUCCGACCUUGUCGAACAAAUGCUGCCUGACUCCACGGCAGAUUCUCCAAAACCCAAUUCCGAGUGCACCGUCGAUAGCACUAGUUAGUUAAGAAUAUGUAUUCGUGACGUAAGUGCUAAAAUUGAAUCUUAAGUAUUUGUAAUUAUUAUAAAAUAUUAGGAUAAGUUAUUUAAGUACUGUAAUUUGCAGCGUUUGCUGGAAAUUAAUAAAAUAAUCUCGGUAUGUACAAA